AGGCAGAUGUGAUGAUGCCAAAUUCGACAUUGGUCAUGGGGAUGCAGGUAGGUAGCCAGUCGACGGCCGAGUCUACAGGUCCCGAUCGGUCCAGACAUGUCAAUGCGCCGUGUAUCGAAUUGAGAGCUGAGAUGUGGUAGCCGUACUGAAAGCUGGCAAGACAGAUGAUAGCUAUCGGGAAUGCAAGCGCAGUCAUGCUGCACGAGCUCAGAGCCAGGUGAGCCGAAGCGGGCUUCGUUCAGGCCCCUGUGAUGGUCUAUCGGUCGAGGAUCAUGCAGACCUGCGGCCCUCUCAGUCUGCCUCGAGCCUUGCGCAUCGGCCAGACAUGAUUGCCUUCCUCUACGUACUGCUUCUCUUGCAUCAUCAAGCACCGUCAGCGCUAGCUCCGCACACCGCCGCCACGAGGAAUUACUGCGAUUACGUGCCUCGUACCUCAGUUUACUGCGAUCCUGUGCCCUCGCUCGGCCCGCUGUUCUACCCGGUCUCGCUGCAAGCCUUCUUAGACCCAACAGUCGUGAUGAUCUCACUUAAGCCAAACCAUCCCACGCUGAAGAGGGGAGCGACAUGCCAAGAGAGCCCCAAGGGCCGCAGUGUGAAAUGCCGUGCGCAACUCCUACAGGGCGACCCAUCGCACGCCGUAUACGAAGUCAGCCAGCGCAUGACGAUGACGCUGCUGCCCAAUCCGAUUGCUCCCGCUUGGCCGAUUCUACAGCGCUGCUGUCGUGUCUACCACGAGGUUAUCGUUCAUGUGGGCCUCACGGAUCGUGACUUCAGAUACGACGAUCAGAAGGCUCGCUGGAGCUGCGACUACGACGAGAUCUUCUACCGAAAAAAGGAUGAAGGCGAACGGGGCGAGUGCGCAAAGCUCAUCCCUCAGAAAGGCAACGGCGCAUGUCCCAUCCGUUCGCCGCAGCCCGUCUUCGAACUCGCCACUACAUAUUCAGGCUGCAAGACUCCCCCGCCUGCGCCUCAGAUUGCAUAGUACCGCUCUCAGUCAGAGGUGGAAGACAGGGCGAUGAUAUGCGUUCGCCGCUCGUCCGUACGAUCAAAUUGGGAACUGUAGAUGAAGCGAACAGGUAGUCGAGCUUACACUGUAU